GCAGCAACAAUAGAAUCUUGAACUAGAUUAUAAGCAAAAAGAGGGAAGAAGAAAUGGGUAUCCAAGGCCUAUUGCCCCUCUUGAAAUCAAUAAUGAUGCCAAUACAUAUAAAAGAUUUGAAGGACUGCUGCGUUGCUGUUGACACCUAUUCAUGGCUUCACAAAGGGGCUCUUUCUUGCAGCAAAGAGCUCUGCAAAGGCCUGCCCACCACCAAGCAUAUCGAGUAUUGCAUGCACAGAGUGAAUAUGCUUCGACAUUAUGGUGUGAAACCCAUACUUGUGUUUGAUGGUGGUCCUCUACCGAUGAAAAGUGAGCAAGAGAACAAGCGUGCAAGAUCAAGAAGGGAAAACCUUUCUCGUGCCAUUGAGCAUGAAUCGAAUGGUAAUCCGGCUGCUGCUUAUGAAUGCUAUCAAAAAGCUGUUGACAUCUCACCCUCAAUUGCAUAUGACCUAAUUCAGGUUUUGAAACAGGAAAAUGUAUGCUAUGUCGUGGCUCCAUAUGAAGCAGAUGCUCAAAUGACCUUUUUGGCAGUCAGCAAACAGGUUGAUGCGGUUAUAACUGAGGACUCAGAUUUAAUUGCCUUUGGUUGUCCCAGAAUCAUCUAUAAAAUGGACAAGUUUGGACAAGGUGUUGAAUUUCGCACUUCCCUGCUACAACAAAACAAGGAUUUAAAUUUGAUAGGGUUUACCAAGCAGAUGCUUCUUGAGAUGUGCAUAUUGAGUGGAUGUGACUAUCUGCAGUCCUUGCCUGGAAUGGGUCUGAAGAAAGCUCAUGCACUGAUGAAAAAGUUCAAAAGUUACGACAAGGUACUAAAGCACUUGAAGUAUAAUAGUGCUGCGGUUUCUCCUCUUUAUGAAGAAUCUUUCAGGAAGGCGAUGCUAACUUUCCAGCAUCAAAGAGUUUAUGAUCCUCUUACUGAAGAGAUAAUACAUUUGUCUGAGCCACCAAAUAGUUUUGAUGCCAGUUUAGAUUUCUUAGGUCCAUCGAUUUCUAACGAUGUAGCUAAAGGGAUAGCAAAAGGUGACAUUGAUCCUUUUACAAAAAUGCCAUUUGAGCAUGAGCAUGGUGGUGCCGAAUUGGCAGUCAAUGAAUCUUACCAGCUAAAGAAUUUCAAACCUGAAGGUGAAAGUAAAAAGCUUGAUCUGCCUGCACAAAAGAAUCUCCUGACUAACUAUUUCUGUUUUGCUUCUGUUGAAGCAAAGAGGAAAUAUAUAGCCCCACGACUUACACCUAUGCUUAAGCGUCCAAAUCCAGAGAAUGGAAUUUUUAGUACGACAAGGACGAUUGAAGCAGAUGCUGAAUCUCGAAGAUUGAUGACAUUGACCACAAUGUUGCCAGAGUCAGUGGACUGUACCGCCGCUAAUAAGGCUUCUGAAUUAUUGGAAUCACGGCAUCAUGGAGUAGAUGAAUCAGAAGACACUCAAGAGGACAAAGGAGCACAACCUGCUAUGGUACAACAUUCAGUCUGCAAACCUUGUAGUGCAUUGCAUAAGGAAAGCACCUCAGACCAAAAUCAGAGCAAAUUGAGAACAGAAAAUACAAAAACGAUUGUGAGGAGUUCCUAUUUUCUGCACAAGGAUGUGAAGGAAACAAAUCAGGUUAAAAAGAAAGAUAGAGCUGAAGCAGCUAGUAAUAAAUGUGGGAUUCCUGCUGGCAGUUGUGCAAAUAUGCUUGGCUCAGAAAGCAGUGAGAAAAAAAUAAGCGUAAUGAGCAAAAAUGUGAUUGUUCGAAGUUCUUAUUUUAAACACAAAUCCAUAAGGGAAAGAGGUCCAUGUGACAAGAGUGAAAAGCCAUUAGUCAAGGAAUCUAAUGCUCCUCAUGAUAACAAUAUAUAUGUCUUGGAUGAGAUUGAAGUUAGAGCAACCACAGAUCAGGGAAAUGCAACUGGGAGAAGUUUCUGUUUUCAGCAUAGUUCAUUAAACAAGUAUGAAAAGCUGAAGGUAGACGAUCAGAUAGCUACUGACACAGAUGAAUAUUCAAUUCCUGACAUUUCUUUAACUAAGAGUUUUCUGGAAGAUUCAAGAAAGAAAAGAAAGAUCACUAAUAUUGAAAAUGCAAGAGAAGAUGCCAGGGGAAAUGAUAUGCUGAAGGGUCCAGCUGUUCCAAUGCAAAGUGAUGAUACUUCCAUGGUUGGUGACACAACUAGAGACACAAACGCUCAAGAAGGAAAAUUUGGGUGUAAUAUCUCUCACUUAGGACAUUAUUCUGAUAUAGCAGAGAAGUCAAUGGAAAAAUUUGCCUCAGUCAUAUCAUCAUUUAAAUUCACGUCAAAUGGUUCUCGUGCAAGUGGUCUCCGCGCACCCCUUAAAGAUGUAAAGAACACAUGUAGAACCAGGUCGUCCAGCAACAUGGAUCUCAGUAAAUUUGCAUAUGCACCAAGUAAGAAGACAUCAUCAACUUCCCGUAGACUCUGAGCAUGGAUGUUACAUUGUAUCCAAAGUUGAUCCCUGGAUGACUUCCUGUGCUUCUCCAGUCAGUUCCAGCUAGUGCUAAGGUGCUUGAUCAACAAUGCUUAUAAGUGAGUGUGAUGGGACUGUAGGAUCUUUUAGCUGAUCUUGGGGUUGAUCUUGCCAUCACAUAUUAUUGUUUGCCAUGCUCCAAAUGUUGUUGCCCCUGACAGGUAUUGAUCCGGGACAUCUUUUGCAAGAAUUUGUGUUUUCAGCGCCUGACUGAAUGGUGGUCCCCUUGACAUUUCCCUUGUAACAAUCACUACCAUUUCUUGUUCUGAUGUUUAUGGUGCAUGUGGCUAUAGCGAUAUGGUUUAGCCAGUAGUUAUCUUUGUAUCAUGAUGAUUAUAAUGAUUUAACAUUGGAUUUUUCAUGGCCAGAAAGUUUUGACGUUCUGGGCCACUUCUUGUUACUGUGGAAUAUUUGUACCAUACAAGACUACAAUCCCCUUCCUUUUUGUGGGAAGAGAAGAUUCCUGCUUGUUAUUCAAUUUUUGAGUUGAAAGUGUACCUUUC